UCUCUCCCCCUCUCUCUCUCUCUCUGUCUCUUGCUUGAACGAUAGUAGAUAGAUUUCAAAACUCUCACUCUCUCUCUCUCUCUCUCUCUCUCUCUCGGUCACCGCCGACACAGCGUAACGGUUCGCCGUGGCCUUUCAACGGUGCCGAUUCGUGCUAGCUGGCGGCGGUUCUGACCUUUUCACGCCAUUGUCGAACUGAAGCUCUGCUCUCAUUGCCGUCCAUUUCUGGUCCUCUGUCUUCUUUCUUGCUUCCUCUGGUUUUAGAUUAAGCAUUUGAAGGAGUACAAAGAUGCUCGGAUCCUUUCUUACGAGAGGACUUGUGUUGGUUUUUGGCUAUGCUUAUCCGGCGUAUGAGUGCUACAAGACUGUGGAGAAGAAUAAACCGGAGAUUGAGCAACUCCUCUUUUGGUGCCAGUAUUGGAUUUUGGUCGCUGUCCUGACAGUCUGUGAGAGAGUUGGAGAUGCUUUCAUUUCAUGGGUUCCCAUGUACAGUGAGGCGAAGUUGGCAUUCUUUAUAUACCUCUGGUAUCCUAAAACAAAGGGCACAACGUAUGUGUACGAUUCGUUCUUUAAACCAUAUGUUGCAAAGCACGAGAAUGAAAUUGAUCGUAACUUGUUGGAGCUGAGAACUCGGGCUGGAGAUAUGGCAGUUUUGUACUGGCAAAGAGCUGCCAGCUAUGGUCAGACAAGGAUUUUUGAGAUUGUGCAGUUUGUUGCUGCACAAUCAACGCCUAGACCUCGCCCGGCUCAGCCUCAGCAACAAGCCCCCGGGGCUGGUCAGGCACCUGCUGGAUUAAAUCGCCAACCUUCGCGAAAAGUUCAAGUAGAGAAUGAGGAGCCACCAUCGCCCACGUCGAGUAUAUCAUCGAGCCAAGACCAAAAGGAAGUAACAGAAGUUGCGGGCCCCUCAAAUGUGCCCAAGCCAGCACCUUCGAAGCCUGUGUCUUCAGCGCCAGCUCCAGUCCCUCCAAAGUUGGCCGCUUCAAUGGAAACCUCGGCCCAGUCUGCACCUGCUGAGGCAGAACCUGCAAAGACCGAAGCUGUGCCGCCUGCUGAAGAUGAGAAUCCCGAUCCACCUCCGAAAGAGACAUUCAUGGAGGAUACCCUCCGUCGAACUCGGGGCAGAUUGAGGAAGGCACGGUCAGUUCCGACCCGUAAAGAAACAGAGUCGACGGGGUCCUGAUUCAAGCAUCCAGAAAGUAGGGUGUAGGUGUAAGGGGCACGAGAAUGGAAGAAGUUGGAGUUUGAACUACUGGUGGUUGUAAAUUUGACGUGCGUUAGCUUUCAUUCUUUUAUGUGGCUUUAUUAUUUUCGGGGACGGGUCAGCAGAUAAAGGGAGUGAGACGUGAACUCCAUCUUCGGCCAUGUUUUGUCUACGUAACAACUAUGCAAUUAGAAGUGGGUUAUACCUAACUGUCGCUUCUCGCUUUCCGGUAACGUCUUAUCCGUUUAUGAGGCGGUAGAUCAUCCCGAUAGAGAUGCUGUGCUUGGAUUUGGAAAACAAGCAGGUCGGAUAUCCGACGGUAUAUUUGCUGCCCUUUCCUUCUCCUGGAACGUUGAAUUCAUGAAGUUUUUUUUUUUUUUAUAUGUAAUCUCACAUGCACCGUUGUGUCA